AUGAGACAACUGACAUCAUUCCCAACCAUCGACGUCCUAGUAAUAGGCGGAGGAAAUGCGGGCUUCUCCGCCGCAACAGCCGCCGCAGAAGCAGGAGCACGCCGCGUUGUCCUCAUCGAAAAAGCACCAGAAGAUUGGGCCGGAGGUAACAGCUACUUCACAGCAGGCGCCUUCCGCACCGUACACAACGGUACCAGCGACCUGUUACCCAUCGUCAACAACGUCGAUACCGAGACAGCAAAACUCAUAGACAUGGAACCAUACACUGAAGACGAUUUCCAGAAAGACAUGGAUCGAGUAUGCCUAGGCCGUUCAGAUCCAGCCCUAAGCAAAGCGCUCAUCUCAGAAUCCAACGAAGCCGUAAAAUGGCUCGCAAACAACGGUAUCCGAUACCAACUCUCCUUCAACCGCCAAGCCUACAAAGUAAACGGCCGCUACAAGUUCUGGGGUGGCAUGGCCCUCAAGACGCAAGACGGGGGGAAAGGUCUCAUUCAAGACCACCAAGCCUGCGCCCGCAGACACGGAAUCGAAGUAUACUACUCCACACCUGCCAAACGCAUCGUAACCUCUCCCUCCGGCACCGUCACAGGCGUUAUUGUAGACCACAAAGGCAUCUCCACGCACAUACCCACCAAAUCCGUCAUCCUCGCUGCCGGAGGCUUCGAAGCAAACCCACGCAUGCGCGCCCAAUACCUGGGUCCAAACUGGGAUCUCGCCCGCGUCCGCGGCACGCCCUUCAACACCGGCGAAGUCCUCGAGUACGCUAUCCGCGACGUGGAUGCGAAGCAAGCGGGGAACUGGUCUGGGUGUCAUUCUACAUGCUGGGAUGCUAAUGCGCCUGCUAACAGCGGCGACCGGCUUAUCUCGAACGAAUUCACCAAGUCGGGGUAUCCACUCGGCUUGAUGAUUAACACGGAGGGAAAAAGGUUUGUAGACGAGGGCAUCGAUAUGCGAAAUUACACGUAUGCGAAGUUUGGGCGGGCGAUACAUGGGCAGCCUGAUGGGGUGGCGUGGCAGGUUUGGGAUCAGAGAGUGUUGGGGUGGUUGAGGGACGAGGAGUACAGGGAUGAGAGGGUGGAGAAGGUUUGGGGGAAGACGGUUGAGGAGUUGGCGGGGAAGUUGGCGGGGGAAAGUGGGUUGAAUGCGCCGGAGAGGUUUGUGGAGACUGUCAAGGAGUAUAAUGAGGCGGUUUAUGCGGCGAUGGCUGAGAAUCCGAAGAGGAAGUGGGACCCGGCGGUAAAGGAUGGGCUUACUACGCAGUCACCCAAGAGAAAGCUGGAACUGGCGAAGUCGAAUUGGGCGCUGCCGCUUGAUAAGGGUCCGUUUAUGGCUGUCAAGGUGUGCUGCGGCGUUACUUUCACAUUCGGGGGUCUGGCUGUCAAUCCGGAAACUACGGCUGUUAUAUCAAACUCCGGAAGAGAGGUUACGGGGCUGUUUUGUGUUGGCGAGAUGCUGGGUGGUUUGUUCUAUGGCAAUUAUCCUGGAGGUAGCGGCUUGACUUCUGGGGCGGUCUUUGGAAGGAGAGCAGGAACGGCAGCGGCGAGAUUAGCUGCUAUUGGGGAUACUACGAUGUCUUCAAAGCGGCCGGCGAUUCUAUCACUGUUAUAA